UAAACCUGAAACGAAGUCAAAAUAGUUCGUUUAUAACUCUUGAGUUUAAUUUUAUCCUCUUCAUUCAUCGAUAUAGUUCGCCACUAAAAAUAGAAUCAUCCACACAUAUAAAGAUAGUGAGAAAGGAGUCCAAUCAAAGUGAAAAAAUAAGCGAACGAGAAUAAUACAGGUGGUUUUCUAGUGGGGCCUCCCCUAGAAGUCUCAUCUACAAGGUAGUAGAGAAACUUAAACGAAUUCCGUCCUAUUAUAUCCAGUGAAAAAGGAGGCAAUAGACUGCUCACUAUCUCAGGAUCCUGGAGUUCACGUGGACCAUUUAGUUGGAAUCAGGGUAUUAUAACUCCUAGAUGAACCCUUGGUUUAAGGGGCGGUUGUUCGUAUUUUGUGCUUUCAUUCCCGUAAACAAUACCCCCACCGUGCGAAGGUAGAGUCAGAUUUCCUUGGCAGUCUGUAAACGCUUAACCUUACGAGAGUAUUUAAGGAGGAGAAGCGGGCUCCUCAACCCUUGACUAUAACGGGGUGUUGGGGAGCGCUUGGUUAAAAAAAGAAACAGACGUUGAUUCAUCUUGUAGAAUAUGCACUCUUGAACGUCACAGAUCUCACUGUCCAAAAAAAUGUUAUCACACAGAGUCGUACUGUUUAAAUUAGUUGUUUCCCUCUUACCCGUUAGUCAGACAGGCUCUUAUGCGAUAGCAAGUUGUAAACAGGUUCAUUUUUCCUCUUUGAACUUAAAAUUAUCUUGAGUUAUAAGUACAUUAGUAAAAAUCAAUCAUAUCGGUAAAUUCUUAAAUAUAAAUAUUUCUAUGUUAUGUUACAGUUCUUAUUUUUUACCAAGCUUACAUGGUUGCUCCUGUUACAUAUACUUAAGGUAUUUAAUUUUUGUAGGGCCAUGUCAGCUGAUAGUCUUAACUCAAUAACUCGACCUAUUCCCAAACCAUCUGAUUUUAAAUUUGGUAAAGAGAUUGGACAAGGUACCUUCUCAACUGUUUAUGUUGUUCAAGAAAUUUCAACAAGUUCAGAAUUCGCUAUGAAGGUUGUUGAUAAACAACGUGUUUGGCGUUACAAGGCUGUGGACUCUGUACUGAUGGAGAAAGAAGUACUUAAACGCACAAACCAUGUUUUCAUCAUUCGUUUGCAUUGCACAUUCCAAGACUCUACUAGGUUAUUUUAUCUUCUUGAAUAUGCAAGAUGUGGAGAACUAUUGUCAUACCUUACUUAUUUCACGUCCUUGAGUGUUCACUGUACUCGCUUCUAUGCUGCAGAAAUCUUUGCAGCCCUAGAUUAUUUACAUUCAAUGAGUAUAGUUCAUCGAGACCUAAAGCCGGAAAAUGUUUUAUUAACAGAUAAAAUGCACAUCAAGCUGGCCGAUUUUGGAUCAGCUGUUAUACUAAACUCUCCAAAUAUUAAAGCACCUAGUUUUACUGGAACUCCAGAAUACGUUAGUCCUGAAAUGCUUUCUCGUAUUUCUAGACAAGGUGAUUGUACUCCAAAUAGUGAAAGCUCACAGGAUCUUACUUAUCUAAUGGACUUUUGGGCAUUCGGGUGUAUAAUUUAUCAGUUGAUUUCUGGAUCCUCUCCGUUCCGAAAAAGUGGUCCUAUCCAUGAAUAUGAAACAUUUCAGAAAAUUUUAAGUUUAUCUUAUACAUUUGCCCCAAAUUUUGAUCCGAUUGCAAAAGAUUUGGUGGAAAAACUACUUGUAAUCAGUCCCAGUGAACGCCUUGGUAGUCCUUCCCAUGGUGGAUCCGUAUCUGUUCGUCGACAUAUGUUUUUCUCUGAAAUUAAAUGGGACAUCUUGCCUUACCAAGAACCUCCUUUACUAGUUCCAAACUUGGAACCAAUUGCUCCUGAGGGUUGGGAUAAUCUACCUGUUGGUUUUAAAGAAGCAGAGAAAUAUCACUUGUCGCGUGAACUCGGUUUGUCUCCUUCUCAAAUAACUGAAGAUGAUCGUAUUCGUUUAUUAAAUGCACAAGGAAAGCACAAUCCUUUCAAUCGUUUCGUUCGUGGUCGUUUAAUUCUAAAACAAGGCAUAUUGUUUAAGCGUCGAGGAUUGUUUGCAAGAAAGCGGAUGUUUUUACUAACGGAAGGACCCCAUCUCUUUUAUAUCGAUGUUGAAAAUAUGACACUUAAAGGAGAAGUUGCAUGGUCCGAUUCGUUAACUGUUGAAUUGAGAAGUAACAAAUUAUUUUUUAUUCAUGUUCCAAAUAAAACAUAUUAUUUAGAAGACCCUUCUGGUCACGCGGACGAUUGGGUAAAACAAAUAACAUCCGUCAGAGCGCGAUAUUUUAAAGAUACUCAAACUUUAUGUUCAAAUGAUCCGAGUACCUCUAUCGAAUUAAGCAUUUAA